GAUUUUCUCAUGUAUACGGAAUUCCAGAACACGCUUCUACACUUUCAUUAAAAGAGACAAGAGGUGGAAGUGAAAGUGCAUACACCGAACCUUAUCGAUUAUAUAAUUUGGAUGUAUUUGAAUAUGAAUUAGAUAAUCCAAUGUCACUUUAUGGAUCAAUUCCUUUUAUGAUGGCUCAUCGUAAAGGUGCAUCCGCUGCAAUUCUUUGGUUAAAUUCUGCUGAAACUUGGAUUGACAUAACAAAGAGUAAAGAAGAUAAACAUGGAUUAUCAAGUUUUUUAAAUUUCGGUAAAUCUACCAUCACCACAAAUACACAUUGGAUUUCGGAAUCUGGAAUUAUUGAUAUCUUUAUUUUUUUGGGUCCAACUACAUCUGAUAUACAUUAUCAAUAUGGAUUACUCACUGGAUUUACAACGAUGCCUCAAUAUUUUGCAAUUGCUUAUCAUCAAUGUCGUUGGAAUUAUCUUAAUCAAGAUGAUGUAUUCGAAGUGGAUGAAGGAUUUGAUAAAUAUGAUAUUCCAUAUGAU